AUGGCUCACCAUAUGAUGUGUCUCGCUUACGACAAUCAGCUGUUUCUUGCGCCCUUAGAAAACCCCCAAAGAGUGUUGGACGUCGGAUGCGGGACUGGCAUCUGGUGCCUUGAUUUUGCAGAGCAGUUCCCGGGCGCCCAAGUCACCGGCACUGACAUCUCCCCGAUUCAACCACGCUGGGUCAGCCCUAACUGUAGAUUCGAAAUUGACAACUGUGAACUCGAAUGGACCUUUGCAGAAAACGAGUUUGACUACAUACACAUCGGCUCGCUCAUCGGCUCCAUCCAAGAUUGGCCAAAACUCUACAAGGAGAUUAUUCGCGCUCUGAAGCCUGGGGGGUGGUUUGAACAGCGAGAGGUUGCGCUUCCUGUCCGUGCUAACGAGGGUGAAUUACCUGAGGAUUGCGUCUAUCAUGAUUGGGCCAGCAUAUUCUACGAGACCGGAGAGGCAACAGGUCGUACGUGGAGAAUCACGGAACAGUGGAAAGGAUGGCUGCGAGAUGCUGGCUUUACGGAGAAAAUCCACACUCACCAGGUCAAGUUACCCAUUGGAGGCUGGCCGAAGAACAAGCUUCAAAAGGAGAUCGGGCUGUUCAACCUUCUUUCAAUCGAGACUGGUCUAGAAGGAUUUGCUACUUACAUUUGUAAGAUGGUUUUGGGGUGGCAUGAUGCUGAGAUCCAGCUCUUAUUAGAGAGGAUGAGGGCGGCUGUCAAGAACCCCCAGUUGCAUGCUUAUUUUCCUCUGAAGUCAGUCUGGACGCAGAAGCCAUAUGCUUAG